AUGGCCGACCUCGACACCUACCGCGAGGAUGCUGAUCAGCGCACCUACGAGGAUGACCGCGAACGCGACUACACCACGCGUGAUCGCUCGCGCUCCCCCGUCGUCGACCGCGAUGGCGACAUCGACACACGUCCUCGCGACGAGCCCACCAACGGCCGCGGUGAUCGUGAGAGACAACCUUCGAAACGCAACUACGGCAACGACGAAGAAGACGAGUCUACCAACCCCGGAUCCAACCUCUUCGUCACUGGCAUUCACCCUCGUCUGAGCGAGGAGGAGGUCACCCGACUCUUCGAGAAGUACGGCCAGGUUGAGAAGUGCAACAUCAUGCGCGACCCACACACUCGCGACUCCCGUGGAUUCGGAUUCGUCAACAUGGCGACGGCAGACGAGGCCGACGCUGCCAAGGAGGCGUUGCAGGGCGAGAUCUACGAGGGCCGUACGUUGAGCAUCGAGAAGGCGCGUCGUGCUAGGCCACGUACACCUACUCCAGGCAAAUACUUCGGCCCACCUAAGAGAGAGGACGGUCGCGGCCCACCACCUGGCCGCGAAUUUGGCCGUGGAGAUCGCUACAACGACCGUGGAUACGGCCGUCGCGAUGACUACCGCCGUGGAGGUGGUGGUGGAUACCGUGACCGCUACGACGAUCGCGGAGACCGCGGUGGUGGCGGURGCUAUGGCGGCCGCCGUGACGACUACGGCCCGCCACGCACCGACCGAUACGCUUCUUCUCGUGGUGAUGACAGAUACGGCGGUGAGCGUCGCGGUGGUGGAGGUGGCUAUGGUGGCUACGAGCGCGCGCCACGCGGACCUCCUCCAGAAGGUGCGGGCUACGACGCUGCUGCCCCUCGCGAUGCUGCUCGUGAGCCUCCGCCAGCCCGCAACUACGACCGUGAGCCACGCCGUUACGACUAA